CUGCAGCGUGACUCAGCGAUUUUUAAACAGUUUGUACAUUUGUUUUGGCCAAUACUUCAGUUUUAAAAAUCGUUUCACGGCGAAUUUAGAUAGUUUUAUAGAUAUGCAGACGGCUAUUUCAAAUAAGAGCCGUUUGAUUUUAAAACUGGCUUGCACAUGGCGGAAAUCGGCUAGAAAUUUAUCCUCGGUAUUGGAAGGUUUUUAUGGUUCUGUUGGAAACACCCCACUUAUCAAGCUACAUGGUGUAAGCAAAGAAACAGGUUGUGAGAUUCUUGCCAAAGCUGAGUUUCUUAAUCCUGGAGGAUCAGUAAAGGAUCGCGCUGCUCUCUUCCUCAUCAAAGAUGCUCAAGAGAAAGGUUUGAUAUCACCUGGUGGGACCAUUGUGGAAGGGACCGCAGGGAACACUGGGAUUGGACUCGCUCAUAUUUGCAACGCCCUUGGAUACAAAUGUGUGAUAUACAUGCCUGAUACACAGUCCCAGGAAAAGAUCGACAUGUUGAAGGUGUUGGGCGCUGAUGUGCGGCCCGUGCCCGCCGUGCCAUUUGAUGAUUCAAACAACUACAAUCAUCAGGCACGGAGGUACGCAGAAUCUCUCCCAAACGCUGUGUGGACAAACCAGUUUGACAACACAGCAAACCGACGAGCACAUGUUGUUACAACGGGACCAGAAAUUUGGGACCAAACUGACGGAAAAGUGGAUGCUGUUACUUUUGGUUCCGGUACUGGGGGAACUAUGGCAGGUGUGGCAACGUAUUUAAAAUCAAAAAACUCUGCAAUCAAAACUGUGCUAGCUGAUCCCCAGGGUAGUGUGUUGUAUAAAUGGUUUACUGAGGGGAAGUUGGAACGCACGGAUGGUUCGUCCAUCACUGAAGGUAUAGGGCAAGGGAGAGUAACAGCUAACAUGCAAGGAGCUCCCAUUGAUGAAGCAAUUUGUGUGUUGGAUACUGAAGCUGUCGAUAUGACAUUCCGACUUCUGCAUGAAGAAGGUUUUUACGUUGGAGCUUCAUCUGGUUUAAAUGUUGCAGCUGCUGUCAAAGUGGCGCGUGGCAUGGGGCCUGGACAUAUAGUUGUCACUUGCCUCUGCGACACCGGUCAGCGAUACUUUACACGGCUCUACAGCCGUGCCUGGCUCGAACAGAAAGGACUUUUAUCGGCGGUUCCGGAAAAGUAUCGCUUCUCGCUUGUGGGUUGAACCUAUAGUGCAAUAAUUGUAGGAAAUAUUAUCGGAGUUAAAUUUCUUUUAUUUUGUGUUAGGAUGAAUAUUUUAAGUUGUAACAUUUUGAUUCCACACUUAACCUUAACCUAUAACCCUAAUUCCUACUGUUUUCUGGAUUAGUUUAUUUAAAAUUUCGGUUUAACAACUUUGGGUAAUUUUAUAUUUUAAAAUUUUUUAAUUUAAAAUUACUAGCUCAGCGAUAAUUGUUUCUGUAUAUUUUAAUUCUGUUUUUACUAUGCAAUAUUCAUGACUUAACAAAAUAAAAGAAUAAACAAUCAGUUAUAUUUGAA